UCACCAUACUACCCUAGGAGAGGAGACAAGAAGAAAGAUGCUGAAAAGUUGGCCAAGAAAGACAAAGGCCCAGUAAACAAGUUUGAGGGUAAAGCCAAAAUGAAGAGAUCCAAAGACAAAGUUCAUGACAAGCUCAAUAUCCCAACCCCUUUGACAAAGCUAUGUAUGACAAACUGUAAGGAAGUUCCCAUCUAUAAGUUUAUCACUCCAGUGGUGGUCUCUGAGAGACUGAAUGUUUGUGGUUCUUUGGCCAUGGCAGCCCUCCUGGAGCUACUUAGUAAAGUAUGUGUCAAGCUCAGAGUCCAAGUAAUUUACUUCAGUAACACUAAGGGUGGAGAUGUCCCAGCUGCUGAAGAUGCAUGA